AUGGACUGUCCCAGUCCCCUCCCAGUGUUCCGCUGCGACCUGGCGUUGGACCGGGCCGCCGAGCAGUUCCGCCCCGGCCAUUUACAGCCAGCCGAUCUCGCGAGAAUGACCCCCGUGAUGGAGAAGAUCCAGACUCAACACUAUGGUAACCUGAAACCACGAGUGGUGUCGAUGCCGGAAUCAGUACCAUUGAACAAAUUGAAACAUGGGGACCAGGGGUAUCGAGUUUCACCGGAACCACUGACGACACCCCCGGCGCCGGAAGUGACGGAAAAAGUGAAACCAGCCAAACCGGCCGAAAAAGCUUUGCCCCAACUACCAAAACUGCCGGUGAAUCGACCGACGCUGGCGGCCGUCGACUUGGCCACAUUUAUCGAUAAGCGCCACUUCACCCAGACGCCAGCGCCCGUCGCCCCCCUCGGGCUCCCGCCGCAGUGUCGGUGCAGGUGUCAGCAAGGGGCGCCGCACGCAAUCGCGCUGGCAUCGCCGCCAGUGCGCACGGCGGCUCCUGCACCUAGUCGGUUGCCGACGACGACGGCUCAACCAGCCACCGGUCGUAUAAGUGAAACACCAGGUGAAACCAGCGGUGAAACGUGUGCUGAAACCUAUGCUGAUACCGCCAUGCCGUUGUUAUGGAAAAAACACCGCCAUGGCCCCAUUGACAACAACACCACCCAUCCACACAAACCCCACCAUUUCUUCCCCCUGAAGCCGUUUCUGAACGACGACCGUGACUCCGUUGACGAUAACCCCAGCUGGAGUCCUCCGAGGCAAUCCCCCAUUGAGGCACCAGUGAUUGCCAUUGAUCCACCAUACCACGAGAAAUUGCCGCCAAAUGAGCUCCUGGCGGUCCCCGAAUUAAACCGGCUGCCUGCCUACGACUCUCAAAUGCCUCAGGAUUAUUAUUAUCCCGAUAAUUAUCUCUAUCCGGCCCUGAUACUGGACCUGUAUGAUGCUUCUUUAAGGGGCCAUUUUAAUGGUCUGUCCCUCGGUCCGUGGAUUGGCGGUGGCGGUGACCAGUACCUGCUUCGAGGCCUGUCCUCAAUUAAUGGCUACCAGCCGCUGUUGACGCUGUAUAUCAACUACUACCAGUAUUAUCAGGGGUAUGCUGAUCUGUGUCAAGAACUGGCCUAUCUGCCAUCAGUGGAUACUCACGGCAGGAGACGAUUACAAGUACCCCUGGCAUUACGUCAUAUUCAUGAAGAGGACACUGCUGAAGAGGAAACUGUCGAUAACGAAACCGUUGAGGAGGAAGCCAUUGAAGAGGAAGUACGGGAAGACGUUAAAGAGGUAGGGGUGGCUCGCCUGCAUCUGGUAGCCACCUCCACUAUACUGUUCCAACCCCCACAAGGCCCCCCACCGGAACUACGCGAUGACGAUAGCUAUAAACGUGGUUUCGGUAACCUGCCUUCGCGUACCCCUUAUCGCGUCCGCCUGAUGGUCCUGCCCCCUCCAGCAACACAACGGUCAAUGGUCAAUGUGCCGAAACCGUCAUCGCCUCAACAACGGCUGGUGCUGCUGCCCGAAUACUACCAAGAUCACGUGGUUAAUGAACAGUAUCCCCAGUCUCCUGAAGCAUUUGACUAUCAUGGGGCUCGGUUAUAUUACCAGGUCCAACUUGAACGUCAGGCCCAGCAGGCUAUGCCUCAGGGUAUGCCCCAGUCACGCUCGAUGCCUCAGUUCCCGUCAACUCAGUCCAUGCCCCAGCCAAUGCUUCAACCAAGUCAUCUUACUUAUAUCCCUAAUCCCGCUGAACCGCCUCAACCGCCUCACGUUUACCAACCGCUACCGCCUACGGCUCACGACCUCGCUGCUGCUUCUGGUCAGUACCCUACUUUGGAGACUCCUCAAAUCUCAGGUGAGCCAACACCUCCUGCUCCACCCCAGCACCCCCACGUGCCUGAACCUCGUGAACUUGCGGAGAUGCUCACUUGUCCCCCGCUGCCGGAUGUGAAUCUCCCUCAUCAACCUCACGAAUAUAAACGUAUGGCCAUUCCUAAAGAGGCACCAAUACCAGAGGAAGGAGAACCAAACCCGAGAGAUGAAGUACCGUUUGAUCAAUUGCCGGCUCCGCUUGAGUAUAUUCAAGAGUAUCAACAGCAAACGGCACCGGUUAGAGAGCCAGCAGUGUACUCGUUCAAACCUCCACUGGGUGAUGACGAUGGUAGUACCGAACAGAGACGUCACCUUCUGGACCUGAUGCUUGGGCCAGCAAGUCGUCAACCUCAAACUCAACAGUACCGUCAGCCCUACGAGCCUGAUUACGAUUACACCUACAACUCUGACGAGGAAGAUGAACCGUUGAAACCUAAACUGCGGUUAGACCCCAAGCGUGAACUGGUGGAACAAUUCCUUAAACGAAACGGUAUGGAUACGUUAGAGAAUAUUUUGGACAAAUACGUCAACCUGUCGGAUAAUCUGAUCCGGUCAGUGAGUGCUCCCGUGACCGUGGAUAGAGACUUACCUCCAAUUCCUGAACCACCACAACAGCCAUCGAUCCAAGUGAGGGUACUGAAACAUGCACCAACUUCCCAGUUACUGGAAUCACCCGUGGUCGCAUUAAAGCAACGCCAACAAGUACGGUUUGACCCUAAUCCUCCACCAGUACAUUAUGCUCGCCGUCAUAGCGAACUGGGACUGGAAGUCUCGCUGAUGCAACUGCCUCAGGUGGUACAAAAGGCACAAAUGGCGCAAAGGAAAAGUCAACCUGAGGAGAUUACCGAUGAAUCACCUCCCCCAGCGGUUAUCACCACUGACGCCACUGCUCCUGAAGCCGCUACUGCUCCUCCCAAGUCGUCGUAUAAUGACUUCUAUAAAGGCGGCAAACAACAGCAACAACAACAGCAACAACAGCCUCCAGCCCAACGGAAGAGUAUUUUCGCUAAGCUCGUCCCUGCUCCGAAACGUACGCUGAUGAUUGAAGAAGAAGAGGAGUUCCCCCUACUGCCAGUUGAUGGAGACCUUCGAGCGGCUCAGGCUCAGGUGGAGGCAAUUGCCCGUGCUCAAGCUCAGGCCCAGGCUCAAGCGAGAGGACAAGCCCAAGCCCACGCUGCCGCCCAAACUCAAACUAAAGCUCAGCAGUUCCAAGCACAAGCACAGGCGAAAGCUCACGGCCAGGCGUUAGCUCACGCUCAAGAACAACGAAUGGAAGCGCAACAACAACCAGUGAAGCCACCAGUUCAAUCAAAACAGGCUCAACCAGCUCCACGUCAACCUCAAUCUCCAGCUCCAAUGAAGAGUCAGGCAGAAGCGGAAGCGGAGGCGCGAGCUCAGAGAGAGGCUAACGGGGGGUUCAAGCUGGCAGGAGGGUUUAAGCUGAUGGGUACCGCGUUUAAAAAGCUGUCUCUGGGAGGUGGACUUGUCAAUAUAAUUCGCAACCGCUUCUCAGGACAAUUCAGUUCUGAAAGGCAGACGACUGCUCCUGCUCCUAUUGCUGCUCCUGCUGCUCCAGUUUCCGCUGUUGCUGCUGUAUUUGCUCCUGGUCCUUCUGCUACUUCUACGGCUCCUCUUACAAAUGCCCCUGCUCCUGCUCCCUCUGCUGCACCGGGACCGGUGAAGAUCAAGGGUAUUCACCAUGGGCCAGCACCAAAGAAUCGUUACUAUCCUAAUCGAGCUGAUACCACUACAAACGGAGUACCGCCACCAGUACCACCGAAAACGCUCGACCCGUUGCUGGAUAAAAAGAUUCCACCACCACAAAUGAUUGCUGAGGCCUUCGCCCACGAUGACGACGAUGUCAGCCUCUUAAUGUGCCGCACCCAAGCGUUGCGUCUUAAUAACUAG